GCGCUCGCGUUCUCUGCAGACGUUUUUCGCGCAGAGUACCCGUAAAUGACGGACGACAUACCUCCAAACUCGCCCCUCAGCAGCACGAGUUCCGACACAGACUACAGCUACAGCUCCGCUUCAGUGGCGACCGUCCCGACUAGCGAGCGACAUCCGGAUCUCUACUACGACGAUGGGACGGUCGUGCUCUCCGCGCUCACCCAGAACGGCACUCGCCAGUACUUCAAGGUGCACAAGUCGGUCCUGUGCCGCCACUCGCCCAUGAUCGCGGACAUGUUCGCAAUCCCGCCACUCCUUGUGCCCGGCUCGCGGACGUGCAUCGCGGAGACGUACGACGGCGUCGUGCACGUCCAGAUGCCGGACAGUGCAGAGGAGCUCGUCAGCUUUCUCACGAUGUUCUACGACCCACUCGGCGCCGCAUACAAGCGCUUUGAUCCCAACACGCCCGUGCUCGUCGAGGGCGCGCUCAAACUCGCGACAAAGUUCGAAUGCGACGCCGUCCGACACCGCAUCAUCGAAAACCUCGAGGCCGACUGGCCGCAGACCCUCGCGCAGUGGGAUGCCCGCCGCGCCGAAGCCGUCAUCCUCCGUUCCGAGCACUCGCUGCAGCUCACCGGCAAGGUCGGCGGACGAUACCUCGACGACCGCCUGCCCGAGCCCGCGUCCGCGAUCCGCAUCGCGAGCGACCACGGGAUCCCGAGCCUGCUGCCCGCGGCGUUCUACCAGCUCGCGCUGCUCAGCACAGACGCGGACUGGGACGCGUACCGCGCGAACCCGGGGAAGCACCUGCGGUUCGGGGCGCGCACGGCGCGGUGGCGGCUGCUCGACAAGCGGGACCUGAUGCGGCUCGUGCACGGGCAGAAGCUGCUCGCGGGGUACACACGCGCGGUGGGCACGGACAUAUUCGGGCCGCGCUGCCAGCGGGGCGUGAAGGGGUGCACGAAGGCGCGGAACGACUGCUGGAAGUACUUCCAGGAGAACGCGCCGAACUCGAUGGACGACCCGCUUGAUAUUUUGUACGACUGCAUGCGCUUGGACACGCUGUUCACAGAGCUGCCGUGCGCGGCGUGCACGACCGAGAUCACGGUCAUGGCCGAGAAGAAGCGGAGGGAGCUGUGGCGGAGCCUUCCUGCGUUCUUCAACCUCCAGUGAUCCACACCAUACCCUCCCGUCUCUCCUCCUCAUCUCCGUUGCUAGGCUUGUGCUCACUCCGUUGCACCGUUACUUUUCACGUUGUCCCAUUCCACCUCUUUGUUAAGUUGUACUUCCUCCGAACCUGUAUUAGUACCAUGCUGUAUUCGCCGCUCCGUCGACCUGCUGUUCUCGUAUCCUGUUGUACAACACGUUGUUCUUAACCUUCC